GUCUGUUUCUGCUUCCAUCAGCUACUGGAUGAAGGCUCUAGGAUGGCAUAUAAGAAUAAUAUAGGAAAAAUACGGGAGUGUGCUGCUAAUACCUUUGCAGAAGAUUCAGGAUACAAAGAAUUUUACUCAGUACCAGUCAUGGAGUUUUAUGGAAAGAGCUACUAUGUGAUCUACUUUGAACUUGAAAUUUUCUACCAGCAACUCCAUAAGACUCAAUGGUGGGGAGCCAUAAAUGAAAUCGUGAACAAUCUGAGAGUGAAAAGACUCCCAUUGACUGAGGCUCAGUUACACGAGCAGUUUAAGAAAAAAUUUGGUUUUAAAAAAGCUAUGAAGUGCAAGGUAUUUCAUGGACUAUCACAUAAUUUUGUGUAAGAAGGUUGCAUAUUAUCAUAAGUUCAUGUCCCAUAUUCUAUCCUAGGUGGCAGGUCUAGGAUAUGAGGGUCAAAAAAGACACUGAGAUCAGUUGUUGGGAAUAUGGUGUAGCACACAAAA